AUGAAGCAGAAGCAGCUGCUGCUGCCAACGAAGAAGAAGGAGAAGCCCAACGAGGAGGAUGGAAGCCGCCGGAGGGGCAGGGAGAGGGAUCAGCUGCAGGAAGAAGAAGAGGCUGCUGCGGCUUCUUCAGGUGGUUCUUCUUCAACAACAGCUUAUCGACGACGACGGCUGCGGCGGUCGGUGUCCAUGUCCAUGGGGAGCCGGCUGGCGAGCGCGGCGCGGGAGCAGAGGGCUCGCCUCUACAUCAUGCGCCGCUGCGUCUCCAUGCUCGUGCGCUGGAAGCACGACGACUAG